CAUUCGCCAACUCCAAGAACAUAUCCUCUUCCGUACCCCCCGCAGAAUGGCAAGCUAAUACCAAUAACGUCUUCCCUCUGUCUCACAGAGAGAGAGAGAGAGAGAGAGAGAGAGAGAGAUGGCUAUGGCUUGCUCUGGGCACAUGCCAGUAGAAGCAGCCAAGCCACAGCCCCGAACCCACUUUCUUGCUUGUGAUUCCCCUUCGAAUUCCCGCAAGAUUUUCGCUUCCAGUUUGCAUUUUCUCGGUAAAGAUCCCGCCCCAUGUCGUCGUUUCCAUGCGUCCCAUAUCAAGAACGCCCCUUUCGCGCGGCGUUCCAAACUCGCGGUAAGCAGAAGCGAUUCGAUUCGGGACUAUAGUCUUGAGGUCGUGAAAAGCUUUAUUCCCGAGCUGGUGGCAAUGGCCAAGCCCGACCCAUUGAAGAUAAUGUUAUCUGGAGCGCCCGCUUCGGGUAAAGGGACUCAGUGUGAGCUCAUCACUAAGAAAUACGGUUUGGUGCACAUUGCUGCUGGGGAUCUGUUACGGGCAGAAGUCGCAGCUGGGAGUGAAAAUGGGAAGCGAGCAAAGGAGUAUAUGGAGAAAGGGCAAUUGGUCCCUGACGAAAUAGUUGUAAUGAUGGUUAAGGAGCGGCUGUUGCAAUCAGAUUCCCUAGAAAAUGGUUGGCUUUUAGAUGGAUACCCCAGGAGCUUAUCCCAAGCCACAGCUCUGCAAGAAUUUGGGCUCCAGGCAGAUCUUUUCAUUCUUUUGGAAGUCCCUGAAGAGAUUCUUGUGGAAAGAGUUGUUGGCAGACGGUUAGAUCCUGUUACUGGUAGGAUAUAUCACUUGAAGUAUUCUCCUCCAGAGACUGAAGAGAUCGCUGCCAGAUUGACACGGAGGUUUGAUGAUACCGAAGAAAAGGUGAAGUUGCGGUUGCGCACUCAUCAUCAAAAUGUGGAAGCAGUGCUUUCAAUGUAUAAAGACAUAACAAUCAAGGUAAAUGGAGACGCUCCAAAGGAGAAUGUGUUUGCCCAAAUUGAUAAUGCUCUCUCGAAACUUCUUGAACAAGGGAAAGCUACUUCGGGAUCUCUUGCAGCAUAGUAGACGAAGAAUACUGAACAACUAUUGAGACAACUUUUUUGAACGGUUUUCCAUCACUGUUAUGAAAAAUGCGACGCUGAAGCUUGAAUUUGUCGGGCACUCACAAAGUUGAUGUUCCUCCUAGUGUAAUUUUUUGAAAAAAAGAAGUUUGGCCUAAAUGAUAUCAUUGGUCCAUACCGAUUACUUGAAGGGAAGCUUGUCAUUUAUGAUUUUAUAAUGGAAUAUGUAGGCCAAGGUGCCAGUCAAAUUCUAACCUACAUAGGGCUCGUUCCAUUGUUUGUAUGAUGUUGAGACUUCAGGUUAUGUCCACUCUUCACUAUCGACUGUGAAGUGUACUUAAGUUAUGAGUCAGAAAUUAGAAAUGCAGUUUGUUUUCUUCC